UUGCGCUACGUACAGUUCACUUAGAGUGCUCUCUGCAAGUGAAACACGCAUCUCGAUCUCUUGCCUAUUCAACGCCGGACGGCAUCGAGUGUCAUAAUCCGUACAACGUCUAGGAAGGAUCGACCGUGGGAGGGAUCCAGACCUUUGUUGAUUCGUAUCGAAUCGCGUUAUUCACAUUCUUUUGUACGCUAAGACACGAGGUGUAAGCAAAUUAACAAAAUGCAGAGUUCAGUGCAUUGUUUGUCCGCUUUCUUAUUGGCAUUGCUCUUGGCCAUGAAUUGCAAUGCCCGUUCAGCUGAUCCAUCUCCUCAUCCCUCGAACGCCAUUGACUCGGAGCAAGGACGUUCGGCGUCGGCGUCGCCAUCAGGGGCGGUUGGAGGCGUUUUCGGUGACCUUCGUGCAGUGUACCAAAUCUAUAAAGAUUGUGCCGGUCCUGAAGUCAGCAGCUGUUUGAAGCUUAAAUUAUUAACGACAAUGGAGCGAGCAUCACGAAGUGUACAACUCAACAUAAUCGAAGGUGUUACUCUUGUCAAGGACGAACAAGCCAAUAUUAAUACGGAGGAGCCCAUGAGAACAUCCCAAGAAAUUGAAGCCUCAUUGCCUAGGAGCCUCGAAGACAAGGAAGAUGCACUUAAUUCCAUGAUUGUUGACAAGGCUGUUGGUUUUCUACAAAGCCACACCCUCAAGGUCAAGUUACCGAACGUCGAGGAAUUACAAAGGAGUUUGACCGAAGAAGGCCGAGGCAAGAAGAGGAAAAACAUGAGCGGUCUGAUGGCCAUUCCCCUGCUUAUUGGCGGCACCCUCGUGCCAUUGGCGCUCGGAGCCCUCGCUCUCUUAGCCGGAAAAGCUCUGAUCGUAAGCAAAUUGGCACUGGUAUUGGCUUCGAUAAUCGGCUUGAAGAAACUAGUGUCUGGCAACGAUCAUGGUCACCAUGAGGUCCAUGGCGGCGGUGGCUGGGCCAGAUCGGGUCAGGAGUUGGCCUACUCCGCAUAUAAGCCAAUUGUGCCCACCGCCACCUCUUAAUCCGUCGGAUCGGUCGCACAGAACACGGUUAUCUUUUAUCACUCGUUGUCUUUUUAAUGAUUUGCACUGAGAGAUACUACAAAGAGGAGAGGAGCUAUGCUUGUUUCCUGCAUACAUCUCGGACAGUAGUUUCUCUUCAAGGGCUAUGUUCUUAAAUGCUACUCCUCCUAUUGACCUCCGUAUUUCAUGAUCCUCGUCCUUCAUUGCUCAUUACUCAUUCCUUGGUUAUUUAUUUUUCAAUCGCCGAAUGUCCUUACCGCUCAUAUCCGAAUACUCUUAACAUCUUGCUCCGUUCACUUCAUUUCUAUUUCCACCCUAUCUGUCCUUUUUAUACGAAGAAAAUGAAAGAAUAAAACUCGAACUUAAACGUGAUUCACAUCGAUCGCGAACACGUGUAUGUAUAUUUAUAGAUAUUUAAUAAAUUAUAAGGAGACACCUUUGAAAUCAAAAGAA